CACGACGCCUACUGAAAGCACGACGACUGUUCUUCUCGUAGUCGCUUCCACUGGUCUUGAGGAAAAUGGGAACGAGCAGGUUCCUGGCUGCGGUGGUUGCAGCCUUGGCGCUGGCGGCAUCGACUGAGGGUCUCAGCAUCUGCACCACGUUGACUUGUCCUGAGUCCAACGGCCUCUUCGCGCACCCGACGGACUGCCACCGCUACGUCAAGUGUGCCAACGGCCACGCCUACGUCGAGACCUGCCCCGCCAACCUGCACUUCAACGAGGCCUCGGGAAGCUGUGACUACGCGGCAAACGCCAAGUGUGACAUCACCAAGCGACUGGAGACCGAAGGGUGUUCCCUUCGGUCCGCAAAGGCCAGUCAAUCCUUGCCCAGAGAGUCAGACCUUUCAGUCCAGUGCGACUGCGACUGCUGCCUCAAGCCACACAAGGACUGCAACAAGUACUACGAGUGCAAGGAUAACAUUGCCUACGUUAGGGAGUGCGGAGGUGACUUGGUGUUCAAUCCUGCAAAAGAACAGUGCGAUCUUCCAACCAAUUAUGAAUGCCCUAAACCAAUAAUUUGCGGCUGCCAUUGCCGAUACCCAGUGGACGGGGAGUGCAAUGCUUACUAUGACUGCAGGGACAACGAGGCAGAGAAGAAGUACUGCUCAGAAGGUCUGCUGUUCAACCCCGAUACCCGUAUGUGCGACAUCGCUGCCAAUGUUGACUGCCCGACUGAUCCUCCAACACCUGGACCUUGCAAUGAAAACGUCUUCGAUUCCGACCCUGAUUGCAAGUUCUGGGCCGCCAACAACGACUGUCACUGCAAGUGGACAGAUGGUGACUGCUCCUGGCAGCACUUUGUCGCCCAUGCAUGUCCCCGUAGCUGCGCCUGCCAAGACCAUGUGGACGUCACCAGGCCUCCUGUAAUUGAAUACCCUUGCGUGGACUGCUCUACCGGCCAACAGUACUGGCAGCAUCCCAGCGACUGCCGCAAGUUCAUUCAGUGCGCACCCUACGGACCUCAGGAGAUGCCAUGUGGAGAGGGAACAGUGUGGGACCAAAAUCUGCUCACCUGCAACCAUGAAUGGGCUGUCCAGUGCUUGACAGGCAACUUCCUUCUCGCUAACGGAAGCUGUUCAGGAUGCUCAGGAUGUACUCCUCCAGCAAAGCCCACAAACAGGCCUACCCAGAAACCUGUCACACCAGGCAACUUCACAUGUGUGGAUUGUUCCACAGGCCAGCAGUACUGGCAACAUCCUACUGACUGUCACAAGUUCAUUCAAUGUGCACCUUAUGGGCCCCAGGAGAUGCCAUGCCCUGCAGGAACCAGGUGGGACCAGAAGAUCCUCACUUGCAACCACGAAUGGAACACCCCAUGUGUGACAGGCAACUACCUUCUACCUAAUGGAAGCUGUUCAGGUUGCACUGGAUGCCCAACUGUGACCCCCACCAAACCAUCAGGUGGCUGCGCUGGUGAGAAUCCAGACUGCAAGCACUGGGCUGCCAGUGGAGCCUGCACCUGUAAGGCAGGCAGUGACUGUACUUGGGCGAACCAAGUGGCUUCAAUGUGCCCCAAGACCUGUCGAGGGGAAUGUGGGCCAAGUACCCCAGCAAUAGACCCCUGCAACCUCGUGUGUCCUUCCUACAGUGGUCUUUUCCCACACCCAAAGGCCUGUACCAAGUGGGUUCACUGCGACCACUAUAUCCCCUACGUGAAGGACUGUCCCGCUGGUUUGCACUUUAAUCCAGCAAUCAAGGUAUGCGACUGGCCAGAUCGCGCAGGUUGUACCUCAGGGGAGGACCAGAGUUGCGUAAUUCCCACUGAUCCACCGGUCACCGGCCCCCCUCCAACACCCAGCCCCAAUUGCACAUGCGAAUGUUGCCAUCUCCCUCAUCCAACUGACUGCACUGGAUGUACUCCUCCAGCAAAGCCCACAAACAGGCCUACACAGAAACCUGUCACACCAGGCAACUUCACAUGUGUGGAUUGUUCCACAGGCCAGCAGUACUGGCAACAUCCUACCGACUGUCACAAGUUCAUUCAAUGUGCACCUUAUGGGCCCCAGGAGAUGCCAUGUGGAGAGGGAACAGUGUGGGACCAAAACCUGCUCACCUGCAACCAUGAAUGGGCUACCCAGUGCUUGACAGGCAACUUCCUUCUCGCUAACGGAAGCUGUUCAGGAUGCUCAGGAUGUACUCCUCCAGCAAAGCCCACAAACAGGCCUACACAGAAACCUGUCACACCAGGCAACUUCACAUGUGUGGAUUGUUCCACAGGCCAGCAGUACUGGCAACAUCCUACCGACUGUCACAAGUUCAUUCAAUGUGCACCUUAUGGGCCCCAGGAGAUGCCAUGUGGAGAGGGAACAGUGUGGGACCAAAACCUGCUCACCUGCAACCAUGAAUGGGCUACCCAGUGCUUGACAGGCAACUUCCUUCUCGCUAACGGAAGCUGUUCAGGAUGCUCAGGAUGUACUCCUCCAGCAAAGCCCACAAACAGGCCUACACAGAAACCUGUCACACCAGGCAACUUCACAUGUGUGGAUUGUUCCACAGGCCAGCAGUACUGGCAACAUCCUACCGACUGUCACAAGUUCAUUCAAUGUGCACCUUAUGGGCCCCAGGAGAUGCCAUGUGGAGAGGGAACAGUGUGGGACCAAAACCUGCUCACCUGCAACCAUGAAUGGGCUACCCAGUGCUUGACAGGCAACUUCCUUCUCGCUAACGGAAGCUGUUCAGGAUGCUCAGGAUGUACUCCUCCAGCAAAGCCCACAAACAGGCCUACACAGAAACCUGUCACACCAGGCAACUUCACAUGUGUGGAUUGUUCCACAGGCCAGCAGUACUGGCAACAUCCUACCGACUGUCACAAGUUCAUUCAAUGUGCACCUUAUGGGCCCCAGGAGAUGCCAUGUGGAGAGGGAACAGUGUGGGACCAAAACCUGCUCACCUGCAACCAUGAAUGGGCUACCCAGUGCUUGACAGGCAACUUCCUUCUCGCUAACGGAAGCUGUUCAGGAUGCUCAGGAUGUACUCCUCCAGCAAAGCCCACAAACAGGCCUACACAGAAACCUGUCACACCAGGCAACUUCACAUGUGUGGAUUGUUCCACAGGCCAGCAGUACUGGCAACAUCCUACCGACUGUCACAAGUUCAUUCAAUGUGCACCUUAUGGGCCCCAGGAGAUGCCAUGUGGAGAGGGAACAGUGUGGGACCAAAACCUGCUCACCUGCAACCAUGAAUGGGCUACCCAGUGCUUGACAGGCAACUUCCUUCUCGCUAACGGAAGCUGUUCAGGAUGCUCAGGAUGUACUCCUCCAGCAAAGCCCACAAACAGGCCUACACAGAAACCUGUCACACCAGGCAACUUCACAUGUGUGGAUUGUUCCACAGGCCAGCAGUACUGGCAACAUCCUACCGACUGUCACAAGUUCAUUCAAUGUGCACCUUAUGGGCCCCAGGAGAUGCCAUGUGGAGAGGGAACAGUGUGGGACCAAAACCUGCUCACCUGCAACCAUGAAUGGGCUACCCAGUGCUUGACAGGCAACUUCCUUCUCGCUAACGGAAGCUGUUCAGGAUGCUCAGGAUGUACUCCUCCAGCAAAGCCCACAAACAGGCCUACACAGAAACCUGUCACACCAGGCAACUUCACAUGUGUGGAUUGUUCCACAGGCCAGCAGUACUGGCAACAUCCUACCGACUGUCACAAGUUCAUUCAAUGUGCACCUUAUGGGCCCCAGGAGAUGCCAUGUGGAGAGGGAACAGUGUGGGACCAAAACCUGCUCACCUGCAACCAUGAAUGGGCUACCCAGUGCUUGACAGGCAACUUCCUUCUCGCUAACGGAAGCUGUUCAGGAUGCUCAGGAUGUACUCCUCCAGCAAAGCCCACAAACAGGCCUACACAGAAACCUGUCACACCAGGCAACUUCACAUGUGUGGAUUGUUCCACAGGCCAGCAGUACUGGCAACAUCCUACCGACUGUCACAAGUUCAUUCAAUGUGCACCUUAUGGGCCCCAGGAGAUGCCAUGUGGAGAGGGAACAGUGUGGGACCAAAACCUGCUCACCUGCAACCAUGAAUGGGCUACCCAGUGCUUGACAGGCAACUUCCUUCUCGCUAACGGAAGCUGUUCAGGAUGCUCAGGAUGUACUCCUCCAGCAAAGCCCACAAACAGGCCUACACAGAAACCUGUCACACCAGGCAACUUCACAUGUGUGGAUUGUUCCACAGGCCAGCAGUACUGGCAACAUCCUACCGACUGUCACAAGUUCAUUCAAUGUGCACCUUAUGGGCCCCAGGAGAUGCCAUGUGGAGAGGGAACAGUGUGGGACCAAAACCUGCUCACCUGCAACCAUGAAUGGGCUACCCAGUGCUUGACAGGCAACUUCCUUCUCGCUAACGGAAGCUGUUCAGGAUGCUCAGGAUGUACUCCUCCAGCAAAGCCCACAAACAGGCCUACACAGAAACCUGUCACACCAGGCAACUUCACAUGUGUGGAUUGUUCCACAGGCCAGCAGUACUGGCAACAUCCUACCGACUGUCACAAGUUCAUUCAAUGUGCACCUUAUGGGCCCCAGGAGAUGCCAUGUGGAGAGGGAACAGUGUGGGACCAAAACCUGCUCACCUGCAACCAUGAAUGGGCUACCCAGUGCUUGACAGGCAACUUCCUUCUCGCUAACGGAAGCUGUUCAGGAUGCUCAGGAUGUACUCCUCCAGCAAAGCCCACAAACAGGCCUACACAGAAACCUGUCACACCAGGCAACUUCACAUGUGUGGAUUGUUCCACAGGCCAGCAGUACUGGCAACAUCCUACCGACUGUCACAAGUUCAUUCAAUGUGCACCUUAUGGGCCCCAGGAGAUGCCAUGUGGAGAGGGAACAGUGUGGGACCAAAACCUGCUCACCUGCAACCAUGAAUGGGCUACCCAGUGCUUGACAGGCAACUUCCUUCUCGCUAACGGAAGCUGUUCAGGAUGCUCAGGAUGUACUCCUCCAGCAAAGCCCACAAACAGGCCUACACAGAAACCUGUCACACCAGGCAACUUCACAUGUGUGGAUUGUUCCACAGGCCAGCAGUACUGGCAACAUCCUACCGACUGUCACAAGUUCAUUCAAUGUGCACCUUAUGGGCCCCAGGAGAUGCCAUGUGGAGAGGGAACAGUGUGGGACCAAAACCUGCUCACCUGCAACCAUGAAUGGGCUACCCAGUGCUUGACAGGCAACUUCCUUCUCGCUAACGGAAGCUGUUCAGGAUGCUCAGGAUGUACUCCUCCAGCAAAGCCCACAAACAGGCCUACACAGAAACCUGUCACACCAGGCAACUUCACAUGUGUGGAUUGUUCCACAGGCCAGCAGUACUGGCAACAUCCUACCGACUGUCACAAGUUCAUUCAAUGUGCACCUUAUGGGCCCCAGGAGAUGCCAUGUGGAGAGGGAACAGUGUGGGACCAAAACCUGCUCACCUGCAACCAUGAAUGGGCUACCCAGUGCUUGACAGGCAACUUCCUUCUCGCUAACGGAAGCUGUUCAGGAUGCUCAGGAUGUACUCCUCCAGCAAAGCCCACAAACAGGCCUACACAGAAACCUGUCACACCAGGCAACUUCACAUGUGUGGAUUGUUCCACAGGCCAGCAGUACUGGCAACAUCCUACCGACUGUCACAAGUUCAUUCAAUGUGCACCUUAUGGGCCCCAGGAGAUGCCAUGUGGAGAGGGAACAGUGUGGGACCAAAACCUGCUCACCUGCAACCAUGAAUGGGCUACCCAGUGCUUGACAGGCAACUUCCUUCUCGCUAACGGAAGCUGUUCAGGAUGCUCAGGAUGUACUCCUCCAGCAAAGCCCACAAACAGGCCUACACAGAAACCUGUCACACCAGGCAACUUCACAUGUGUGGAUUGUUCCACAGGCCAGCAGUACUGGCAACAUCCUACCGACUGUCACAAGUUCAUUCAAUGUGCACCUUAUGGGCCCCAGGAGAUGCCAUGUGGAGAGGGAACAGUGUGGGACCAAAACCUGCUCACCUGCAACCAUGAAUGGGCUACCCAGUGCUUGACAGGCAACUUCCUUCUCGCUAACGGAAGCUGUUCAGGAUGCUCAGGAUGUACUCCUCCAGCAAAGCCCACAAACAGGCCUACACAGAAACCUGUCACACCAGGCAACUUCACAUGUGUGGAUUGUUCCACAGGCCAGCAGUACUGGCAACAUCCUACCGACUGUCACAAGUUCAUUCAAUGUGCACCUUAUGGGCCCCAGGAGAUGCCAUGUGGAGAGGGAACAGUGUGGGACCAAAACCUGCUCACCUGCAACCAUGAAUGGGCUACCCAGUGCUUGACAGGCAACUUCCUUCUCGCUAACGGAAGCUGUUCAGGAUGCUCAGGAUGUACUCCUCCAGCAAAGCCCACAAACAGGCCUACACAGAAACCUGUCACACCAGGCAACUUCACAUGUGUGGAUUGUUCCACAGGCCAGCAGUACUGGCAACAUCCUACCGACUGUCACAAGUUCAUUCAAUGUGCACCUUAUGGGCCCCAGGAGAUGCCAUGUGGAGAGGGAACAGUGUGGGACCAAAACCUGCUCACCUGCAACCAUGAAUGGGCUACCCAGUGCUUGACAGGCAACUUCCUUCUCGCUAACGGAAGCUGUUCAGGAUGCUCAGGAUGUACUCCUCCAGCAAAGCCCACAAACAGGCCUACACAGAAACCUGUCACACCAGGCAACUUCACAUGUGUGGAUUGUUCCACAGGCCAGCAGUACUGGCAACAUCCUACCGACUGUCACAAGUUCAUUCAAUGUGCACCUUAUGGGCCCCAGGAGAUGCCAUGUGGAGAGGGAACAGUGUGGGACCAAAACCUGCUCACCUGCAACCAUGAAUGGGCUACCCAGUGCUUGACAGGCAACUUCCUUCUCGCUAACGGAAGCUGUUCAGGAUGCUCAGGAUGUACUCCUCCAGCAAAGCCCACAAACAGGCCUACACAGAAACCUGUCACACCAGGCAACUUCACAUGUGUGGAUUGUUCCACAGGCCAGCAGUACUGGCAACAUCCUACCGACUGUCACAAGUUCAUUCAAUGUGCACCUUAUGGGCCCCAGGAGAUGCCAUGUGGAGAGGGAACAGUGUGGGACCAAAACCUGCUCACCUGCAACCAUGAAUGGGCUACCCAGUGCUUGACAGGCAACUUCCUUCUCGCUAACGGAAGCUGUUCAGGAUGCUCAGGAUGUACUCCUCCAGCAAAGCCCACAAACAGGCCUACACAGAAACCUGUCACACCAGGCAACUUCACAUGUGUGGAUUGUUCCACAGGCCAGCAGUACUGGCAACAUCCUACCGACUGUCACAAGUUCAUUCAAUGUGCACCUUAUGGGCCCCAGGAGAUGCCAUGCCCUGCAGGAACCAGGUGGGACCAGAAGAUCCUCACUUGCAACCACGAGAGGAACACCCCAUGUGUAACAGGCAACUACCUUCUACCUAAUGGAAGCUGUUCAGGUUGCACUGGAUGCCCAACUGUGACCACCAUUAAACCAUCAGGUGGCUGCGCUGGUGAGAAUCCAGACUGCAAGCACUGGGCUGCCAGUGGAGCCUGCACCUGUAAGGCAGGUAGUGACUGUACUUGGGCGAACCAAGUGGCUUCAAUGUGCCCCAUGACCUGUCGAGGGGAAUGUGGGCCAAGUACCCCAGCAGUAGACCCUUGCAACCUCGUGUGUCCUUCUUACAGUGGUCUUUUCCCACACCCAAAGGCCUGUACUAAGUGGGUUCACUGCGACCACUAUAUCCCCUACGUGAAAGACUGCCCCGCUGGUUUGCACUUUAACCCAGCAAUCAAGGUAUGCGACUGGCCAGAUCGCGCAGGUUGUACCUCAGGGGAGGACCAGAGUUGCGUAAUUCCCACUGAUCCACCUGUCACCGGCCUCCCUUCUACAGCCAGCCCCUUUUGCACAUGCGAAUGUUGCCAUCUCCCUCAUCUAACUGACUGCACAGCCUAUUACUACUGUGAUGUGAACAAGAACAUGACCUUCUUCACAUGCCCAUCUGGGCUAGUAUUCCACCCGGAAUUGGAUACGUGUAAAGAACCAGAUGCUCUGAGUUGA